CUUAUUCGUGAACCUUGUCUUUCUCCCUUAAAACUUUUUUUUAUAUAUAUAUAUAUAUAUAUUUGUAUUUUUUUCUUUGGCAACUUUCUUGGCCAAUACUGAAUUUUCUACUGUCUUUCUUCUCGGGAAUCCGGGUUGUGUUUGUUUUUGGUGAGAAAUGCCAAGCACACUGGGGAAGAACCUGAAUCUCUGUUUCACAAAGAUCAAGCUUCCUUUAGCUUCCCAAUCCACUGCCAUGAAUCAAAUACCAACCCCACCACCAAAUCACCAACAUAGUCAUCACAGCCGUCCAUUUCCCACCACCACCACCACUUCCACAUCCAUCUUGAUCAAAAACUUCAACUCCCUCUAUGAAUACACCUUCGACUCCACCACCUCCAAAUCCCUCACCCAAUCUCCUUCCUCCCUCUCCACCUCCUCCUCUAUCUCCGAAACCCCUCCGGCCGCCGCCGAUUUCGCAACCGCAUUCGCCUCCCAACGCUUCUUCUUCUCCACUCCCGGCCGCUCCAACUCCAUCAUAGAAUCCACCUCACCAUCCACAGCUGGUGGCGGCGCCGCCCCGGACCCCUCCACCUUAGAGCUCGACCACACGCUCUUCAACAACAGCGUCGCCGUGCCUACGUUGUCACCCGAUCCCUACACGGACUUCCGGCGGUCCAUGCAGGAGAUGGUGGAGGCGCGUGAGCUCAUGGAUGUGAAGAAAUCCAAUUGGGAGUUCUUGCAUGAGCUUCUCUUGUGUUACCUUGCACUUAACCCUAAAAGCACUCACAAAUUCAUCAUCGGAGCUUUUUCCGAUCUUCUUGUCAGUCUCAUGCCACCGCACUCCGAUUCAGAAGGCCUACAGGAAAAUGACUUCGUCGCCGCCGCCACAGCCGCAGCCGCCGGUGUAUGUGAGAUUUCACGGCAGUGCACGUAAAAAUAUUGUGGGUGACAAAAAAAUAUUAGUAAAAUUAAUUACUAGUCUUUGUUCACCAUCAUAUGAUAUAAAAAUAUUAUUUAGAAAUAAUUAAUAUAAAUAUGAAUUAGGAGCCAAAAAUUAUGCUGGUCCCCCUAUGUGUCCUUUGGCAUGUGGCCUCUUGGUCCUUUAGACAUAUAUAUAUAACUUUUUUUUUU